CUUUUGCUUGUGUGCUGUGGUGUUUCUUUAUUUGCUUUGGUUUGCUGUGGUGUCUGAUAUUUUUCUUUGGUUUGCUGUGGGUUUUGGUUUGCUUAUAAUUUCUGUAAUUCUUAUUGUUUUGUUUUGUAAUUUCCUUUUAUUGAUCCCUUGAAGUACAUGAUAGCGCCCCAAAUGGUUUGUAUACAUCCAGUAAGAUCAAUCCAGUUAGCCUGUCAGCCUGUUGUCUCUAUGUGUUGCAUAGCCUGACCUGUGGUGAAUGUAGUGGGCCCACUGUUAGUACCAUUCUACUGUUACCUGCUAAGUUAUUGAGAAAAUAAAAUAAUAAAACUUUGUAUGGAUUAUAAUUCUGCCUCCGCCUGUCCUUCAGACUGCCUGUCCUGCCUAAUCUUCUAAAGGGUGAAGAUGACUCACUGUAAUCUGACCAUCACGGAGGAGGUGCGGAUGUUCCAGAUUGUGAUGGCCAUCCCAACGUUUGUCCUUGGUGUCCUGGUCAACGCUGCGGUACUGGUGCUCUUCUGCCGGCAGUGGCGGAACUGCAGCGACAUGAUGGUGUACCUGACCAACCUGGCGCUGGCCGACAGCUGCGUCCUGGUCUCGCUGCCCUUCAGGAUGUACUCGUACCUCAACCCCUGGCCCUUCUCCGUCAGCUCCUGCCUGGUCUUCGUCUCCACCUACUUCGUAAACAUGUACGUCAGCAUAUUCACCACUGUGGCCAUCAGCGUUGUCCGCUACGUGGCCGUUAAGUACCCCAUCAGGGCGCGGGCGGUUAAGUCCCCAUGGAAGGCGCUGGUGGUGUGUGUGGGCAUCUGGGUGGUCAUCGGCUCCCUGAGCGCCACGUUCCACUCAGUAGACGCUCCGCCAGCGAACUCGUCCGGUUUCAGAUGCUUCCAGAAGAACUCGGAACGGCCGCUGCCCCUCUCCUUCAUCCUGACACUGGUGUUGGUGGGCUACGCGGUGCCGUUCGUCAUCAUUGCAUACUGCUCGGUGACGGUGAUCCGCACCCUCGCCAGGAGGACGGACUCAGGCGGCGGUGCACGGAAGAGCCAGUCAGUGCGCAUCAUCAUCGCUAGCCUCGCCAUCUUCAUCGUCUGCUUCUCGCUGCUCCACUUCGGCUACCUGCUCAAGUUCCUGAGCGAGACCUACUCACACAACUGCGGUCUGCAGCAGGCUGCCCACUCGUUUGUCCACGUGGCCAACAGCCUGGCGUCCACCAACUGCUUCCUGGACGCCUUCAUCUACUACUUCCUGGCCCGUGGCAGCUGGGGGACUCUGAAGGAUGCGUGCUGUGGCACCCAGCACACAGAGAGGGUCAACACCGUGAUCUGACAGUCAGGGUCAGGAUGAUAACUGUGUGAACUCUCAGCUCUCGCUCUCUGUUCCUCCAGAUGACUAGCCAAGCUGUCAUUAUUAUAGACUUGGUAGAGCCAGGUUUGUCUGAGUGGGUUCUAUGUGAUGUGGACGUGCUAUGUGCAUAUGUGUUUACUGCAGAGGAAACACUGUAUUCUGAGGGACUGAAUGCCAUGUGUCUGUAUGUAUAUCUGUAGCUGUUAAAAGUAUUGUGUAAGUUGUCGAGAGUCGUGUUAAUUCAGAUGUUCAAAAAUGCUGCUAAUUACUCAACUCAUUUAUGCUUCAUUAUGCCCUGUGUCAAUACAUUUGCAAAUAUGUUUCUC